AGUAUUCAAGUAUUGACUCAAUUAGUGGUUCCAUAUCUCGAGUCAACCAAAGGAAACAUUAUUAACAUCUCAAGUGUUGGCGUAAAUAAACCCUCUGAAUGGAUAAUGGCAUACGGUAUGUCGAAAUGUGCCCUGGAUAUGUUUACCAAAUGUUUAGAGUUGGGACCCAAAGGAAUUCGUGUGAAUAGUGUUAAUCCUGCGGCUAUUCGUACGCCAAUCUGGGAAACAGUGACUGGAAAUAAAGAUUAUGUGAAUACAGUUGAAAAGCACUGUCAGGAUAACUAUCCGCUGAGACGUAUCGGUGAACCGGAAGAUGUGUCGGAAGCCGUGGCAUACCUGUGCUCACCGGUCGCCUCAUUCAUAACGGGUGCCAUUUUGAUGGUCGAUGGUGGUGUACUUCGAGCACCAAUGCUUCCUUGCUAA